CAUCGAUUCCCUGAGUUUUUGGCCAAACUGAGAACACGGCUCAGUCAACUUGUCUGAGCUGUCUCCCGACUUUCGCCUUUUUUGUAGCUUUUAUUCGUUGUCGAUCCAAUGUCAGGCAUUGCCGACCCACCGUCUGCGCCUGUGAGCGUGAUGCUGUCGACGCCCGUGUUCUUCCGCGCGCCUGGCGUCAUGAUCCUGUUCCUGUUCCUGUGGGGCAUCAAUCUCUCCGUCUUCAAGGCCCUCCGCAUCAACUACCACGGCGCGCUGAACAUGGUCCCAGAGGACUUGCUGGAGCCGCGGCAAAUAUUUCAGGCAGUGGGAGUCCUCGGAUCGCUGCUUGCCGUGUGUAUCACGGGAUAUUUGUGGUCGGGAGCGGACGCCGUGUUCAUUCCCGAGGCCUAUCCCGUCAUUUUCUACGCUGCGGCGCUGCUGAUACUGCUGUCGCCGUUCGAUCGCUUCUUCCACCGACAGCGGAUGGCAGCGUGGGGAAUUCUCCGGCGCGUGUUUGCUGCACGCGUCCCCAUCGCCUUCACGGAGGUGCUUGUGGCGGAUGGCUUGACCUCGCUUGCCAAGGCCUUUGGCGACAUGGAAGUCACCAUUUGCAUCAUUUCGACCGUUGUGGCCGUGGCGUGGUCUGGAGGCGAUCCAGACCAUGUGCACACGCACAACCUGGAGGAGGACGCGUACAAUGCGCUGCCUGGGUGCAUUCACUCGUUUUUCAUCCCCAUCAUCAUCAGUGUUCCGUUCGUGGUGCGACUACGGCAGUGUCUUGCCGCUCGCCAGCAUUAUCUCUCCAUCGGCGCCUCUUCGUCGUCAACGUCUGCCGCCAGCGCGGGCUAUUCCAACCCUGGUGUCGUCGCGGGAACACCUCUCGUCCAGGGUCACGAUCCGGCAACCCCGUUGUCAGCGUCCGCAUUCGUGUCAGUGUCGCCGCUUGCGAGUCUGACUGCUGCACCAAGCGGACCGGCCGCUGCAGCAGCCAGUCAUCGCAUCGCAUUUGAUGCCAUCCCGCUGUUUGGCCCGUGGCUCAAUAGCUUGCCGCACGAUGCCGCCGUCCAAACGCUCAACGCGACAAAGUACUUGAGCGCUCUCCCUGUGAUUUGGCUGUCUGCCAUGAAGCGCAACUACCCGGGCUCAGAGUGGCUGCCAUUCUACCGAAUGCUCUGGCUGCUUGCCGUCUCCAUCAACUCGCUGUAUGGCUUUGUGUGGGACAUUCGCAUGGAUUGGGGCUUGCUCCAAAGCAGUGCAGCCAACGGCCCGCUGCUACGGCCACACACGCUCUACCCUGCUGGUGCGUACUAUGCCGCCCUGGCGCUCAAUCUCGCCCUCCGCGUGACCUGGUCACUCAAGCUCUCCUCGCAUCUCCACCUGACGGGUGAAUGGUACAUUUUCAUGUUUGAAAUGCUCGAAGUGUUCCGAAGAUUUAUCUGGAUCUUCUUCCGCGUCGAGUGGGAGUGUGUCCGCCGAGGGGAUGGCAUUGCCACGGUGCGAAAGCCGUCCCUCAAGGCUGAUUUGGACGACGCGCAAAAGUGAUGCGUAUUUUUUUGCUGUGACUUGUUGUGACUUGUUGUUUCCAAGAACCAAAACAACAAAACAAUUGUUAUUUAACAUGAUCCGUUUGGGGCC